AUGCACACACACACGCCUUUCACUAGCUUUUCUUCGUUCUCCCCACCAUUUGUUUCUGCUCCUCUUUCUUCACCGAUUGCGCACGACCUCGCGCACCACGGCGCGGGUCUUCUGCGUCAACCCCAAGUGUUAAGAAUGAGUGGGGAGUUCUCACUGCUGCAGCACCUCGGCGUCACCGUGGAUAAGUGCGAUUCCUCCGCCGAUCUCACUCCUCCUACACAUUCAGCGAAGGCGGCUUUUCGGGUGUGGGCACCGACACAGCAUCCGCCAUCGAAGUGCGGUACAGCAGAGGAGACGUGCGGGGUGCUGGAGAAGAAGCGCAAGGGCGCCCACCCCUCGUAUGCGGAUCCUACCGGGGAGGUGCUUCUACGCCGGAAAAAUGGAGUGGAGGUUCAGUACAUUGUGUACAACUCCAAGAUUCCAUCGGUCUAUGGUGUCAACAAACAACUUGCCAAGAAGAUGGAACGGGAGCGCGAGGAGAACUCCCCCUUGUUCAAAUACCCUCUGGCGGUAGGCGAAGGCGAAGCUGGACAGGAGGAGGCGCGACGGGUGCUGCUGCAGGAACUGCGCCGGUGCAACCAGGAGCAGGCGCGUAUGAGGAAGGAGGAGGGACUUCGCGAGCGUGCUCGACGCUUAGCACACGAGCGCGCUGUUGUGCAGUACAAAGCGGGUGAGACAGCGCGUGAGGCGGAGGAUGCGAGGCGGCAUAAAAUUAUGGACGGGGAAGCUGUGAGCGAAACAGCAGCAAAAGCUCUCACCCUGCGAGAAGAGCGGCGAGCGGAUGCGAAUGUGGACGCGAGAGUUGUUGCGAGUGGAUGGAACGGCAAGGAGGAAGAUGACCGCCGCCGUCUCGCCGCAGCGGAGCGCACGCGGCAGCUUGCCGAAGAGAACUUCCGUGCAGCGGAGCAGCGACGUGCGGAGCGCAAGGCGCAGGAGCAGGAAGCGCGUGAAAGGGCGCGAGUGGAGCGCAUGGAGCUGCAGAGGCAACUCGCACAGGAGCGUGUGAAGGAUCUGGAAGGGCACCGUCGCAACGCUGAGGCGUUGCGAGGUGCACAGGAUUCUGCGCGCGAGCGCCGUUGGAGGGCGAACAGCGCCGAUGUGCACCUACAAGCGAUGCCGUCGUGGUCCCUUUUCGACGCGGUAGAAAGGCGACAGCGGGAUGAAGCGAUGCGGGCACAGCAGAAGCGGAUGGAGGACACGGCCGUGAAUGUGCGCCUGGCUGCGCAAAAACGAGCAGACGCGCAGGCCGAGAGGGAUAGGGAUCGGCAGUACGCCGCGGAGUAUGCCAAGGCUGAGCUGGAGAACUUUCAGCGUGAAGUGGAGCACGCGCGCCAGAGACGCCAGCAGGAGCGUCAGGAGCUACAAGAUGCAGCAGAGGCGACCGCAAAGGUGCGACAGGCUCACGCAGACGCCGCACGACGGCGAGAGCAGUCGGUGGUGCCCCUUCUCUUCUGGCCAGCGGCGCAGUCACCGGGGGCCGAGAAGGCCAAGAUAGAUGCAAAUCGUCGCUUUCGCGAGGACCUUCGCCGACAGGCCGAACAAAAGCGUGACGAGCGUGCUCAGGAAGAGGAAGCGGAACGGGCGAGGGACCGCGCACUCGUCGAGUAUGAUACCCGAUUAGCGCGGGAGGCUGUAGAGCGUGAGCGCAAGGAGAUGAGAGAAAAAGCAGAGCACCUCCGUCGCACCUUGGAGGCGCAGAUCGCAGAGAAGCGCAAAGGAGCGGUUGGGGACCGGCACGCAUGUGCCGCUGCGGAUGUCACACACGUGCCCGCUACGGAAGCAAUGAGACUGUACCGUUGCCCCGUAACUGGAGAGCUUCUGCCCGCCAGCGCUUACGACUUUGGCGUUCAGCGAAGACGUUAG